AUGGCCGUGUGCGAGUUGAUCCUCAUUGUGAUCAACUGCGUCCUCGCGCUCGGCGGUGCGCUGGUGCUUUACGUUGGUCUGUACUUCCAGCAGACAGGAUGGGUUGACGUGAUUGAAGGCUACUGGUCUCCUAUCCACGGCAUUGUUACUGCGCUCAUUGUCAUCGGCAGCGUCAUUAUCGGCCUCGCUGUACUCGGCUUUGUUGCUGCGCUCUGUCGCUGGCGCAUUGGGUUGUGCAUCUACGCGGCGUUCAUACUGCUCAUCUUUGCGAUCUUCGUGGUCGCAGCAGUCAUAGCUUUUGCCAUUCGGCAUCGCGCCAACGACUGGGAACGGUCAGUGUACCCAGCCAACAGUGACGAAGCCUCUGUGAAAGACACGUUUGAUCAAGCGUAUUGCUACGCACAAGGUGCCUACGUGUGCAACGAGGCGUCCAUCUCCGAAGCGCUGGACAUGUUCGUGCCGGCACUGCCGUCCUCGAUUGUCUCGCUCUUUGAGAACGUGACGGGCGGUGUCAACGCCCUCUGUGACGGGUACUUGGGGAGCUACGUCGAGAUAGCAGAGGUAUGCGAUGGCUGCAACCAGGCGCGUCAGUUCCAGAACUUUUCGUCCGUGAUCGACUGGGCGAACGACAAGUGCCCUCGGACUGCCGAGUCGCUGAUGUUUUGCGGCGGGUUCCUUCGCACCGGCGACAGCAGCAGCACUUUGGUCGGGACAGCUCCGUACGCCAUCUGCCGUGUGGAGUUCCUAAACCUCGUGGAGAAGUACACGCUGUGGCUUGGAAUAGGUAGCAUUCUCGUGUGCGCUGGGGCCCUUAUGGUGGUCACGUUUGCCUGUAUCCUACGACGUCGCGAGCGGCAUCCACCGACCCACUUUGCGUACAGGCGAUUCUAA